UUCGUCUCCGAACUUUCCCGACAUUUAUAAAGUAAGAGUAAAAGUUAAGACAGUUGAGAAGAAAGUGUCUCACAAUAAGACACAUCAAGUCUGACCAAACAGACACACGGGGUGGAAGGGACGGCACAUAAAUGUCUAAGUGAACAACGGUCCUUUCUUCGGCAAUCUCCGCCCCCUUUCGGUCGGACUCGGAACCAAGAUGGCGACCCCCAUGUCCCUGAAUAUUUGUAGUCUGCCUUCAGAUCCACUUCUGCACGUUUUAUCGUACCUCAACUACGAUGAUUUAUGCAGAUGCCGUUGCACCUGUAAGAGACUGAAGGAGUUAGCAGGAGAAGAUGAGCUGUGGAAGAGACAGAGCUCCAUCUGGUGGCUGUCAACAAGCUGUUCCAGCUCUACUUGGAGGAGACAUUUUAAGGAACAGUUUAAGAAUCUUGGAAGGUACAUCAAGUCUUACGGAGUCUUGUACAGGACUUGGGCUCGACUGGAGGCCUUUCUGGCUGAACACUGCCCCAGACUUCUCACUUCCAUCAAGGCUGGAGCCACAGAGCGAGAGUUGGAUGAGAUUGAGGUGAAAAUUCGUUACCCGCUUCCUAACGAUGUCAGGUGCUCCUACAGGAUGCACAAUGGGCAGAAGCUGGUCGGGCCAGGACUGAUGGGCUGUAUGUCCAUCUCCAACCACAUGAGGUCGGAGUACCUGUUGGACCUGCAGACAGCAUCCGACUGCUUCCAGGAGUAUUCGGGCAUGUAUGGAUGUCUCCCCCUGACCCUGUGUAUCCACACCGGCUGUAGCCAGUUCAUGGCCCUGUCGGAGAGGGAAGGGUACCUGAGAGGGCAAGUCUUCUACCCAAGCCAGGCUGCUGACACUUAA